UACAACCUACAUCAGCAACAGCAUGAGAGACCAUCCAAAACAGAGCUUCUACACUUGCGUCUAUGCUCUAUCCAUGGUGGCUGUACUACUUUUCAAGGCACUCCGUGGUUACACAUUUGUUAAGUGCACACUUAGGGCCUCCUCCAAGCUCCAUGAUGCUCUAUUUAAGAAAAUUCUGAGGAGCCCAAUGCACUUCUUCGACACAACACCUCUAGGUCGCAUUCUAAAUAGAUUUGCUAAGGAUAUGGAUGAAGUGGAUGUGCGGUUGACCACACAGACUGAGAUGUUGAUCCAGAAUAUCAUCCUUAUACUCUUUUGUCUUGGUGUCGUCAGUUCAGUCUUUCCAUGGUUCCUUAUUUCGGUGUUACCACUCUGUAUUAUCUUCAUGAUAGUCAACAGAAUAUCAAGGGUUUUAGUUCGUGAGCUUAAGCGUAUGGACAGUAUCAGUCAGUCACCGUUUACAUCUCAUAUCACCUCCAGUGUCCAGGGUUUAGCCACCAUCCAUGCUUAUGACAAAGAAAGUGAGUUCCUGCAAAGGUAUGAACUACUAGAUUCCAAUCAAGGGCCCCAUUUUCUAUUCAGCUGUGGCAUGCGAUGGUUGGCUGUUCGCCUUGAUCUUAUAAGCAUCAUACUUAUCACCGUUGUGUCAGCAAUGAUGGUUUUCAUGCAUGGAAGAAUUCCGCCAGCUUAUGCAGGCCUUGCCAUCUCUCAUGCAGUCCAGCUGACAGGACUGUUUCAAUUUACGGUCCGCUUAGCAUCAGAAUCAGAAGCCAGAUUCACGUCUGUAGAAAGGAUCAGGCAUUACAUAAUGAAUUUGGAAUCUGAAGCACCGUCACAUAUUCCAGAGACAGCACCUCCCCCUGAUUGGCCUCAGGAAGGACAAAUCCAGUUUGAGGAAGUGGAAAUGUGUUACCGUGAUACCUUACCAGUUGUGCUGAAGAAAGUUACAUUUACUAUUAAACCUCGGGAAAAAAUUGGAAUUGUAGGAAGAACAGGAUCGGGGAAAUCAUCCCUAGGAGUGACUUUAUUCAGACUGGUAGAAAUUUGCAAUGGAUCUAUUACAAUAGAUGGCGUGAAGAUUAGGGAUAUUGGAUUGGAUGACCUGAGAAAGAAGCUAUCCAUUAUUCCUCAGGAGCCUGUGCUGUUUGUUGGGACAGUCAGGACAAACCUUGACCCCUACAAUCAGUACACUGAUUUGCAAAUUUGGGAUGCAUUAGAAAGAGUUCACAUGAAAGAAAGUAUAAUGCAACUGAAUGAGAAACUCAACUUUGAGAUCACAGAAAAUGGAGAGAAUUUUUCUGUGGGAGAGAAGCAGUUAUUAUGUGUAGCUCGAGCCCUGCUUCAGCACAGCAAGAUUUUAUUACUAGAUGAAGCCACAGCUGCCAUUGAUACAGAUACUGAUAUGUUGAUUCACAAGACCAUUCAGGAGGCAUUUUCUGAUUGUACAAUGCUGAUUGUAGCUCAUCGUCUUCACACGGUAUUGAACUGUGACAGGAUCAUGGUGCUGGAUCAAGGCGAGAUUGCUGAGUUUGACAGCCCCAGUGUCCUGCUCUCCAAUGACAACUCAAGAUUCCAUGCAAUGCUUAGCGCGGUGGAAAACAGGAUAAUAGCAUCACCAUCCAGCAGUUAAUCUCCUUGUUCAGCAAUCAAGUUGGAACGCUCCAGACUAUCACUGGCCACACUGCAUAGUGCAACCUCUCUACAUAAGAAACCAAAAAAAAAUGGAGGACUCUUUGCAGAUGGAUAAAGUGAUUCCAAGUGAACUGUCACUCAUGAAUACCUUAUUUAUUAUACUUUAUAGACAGCACAAAACAUCAUGUAAUUUGACAGUGUUUUUGUCUUCUAAUGGGGAAUAUCUAAUGAAAUAUGUUGGGAGUAAUUAGUGUAAGAGUCCUUUAGUGAAAUACUGCACAAUACACUGUCUUUUGAGAAGGAACAGAUCUGUCUCAAUUUCAAACUGUAUGCAGAGCCUUGGAAUAUCUUUAAAUUAAGUUUUUUGCUUAGACACACCUUUGAAAUGAAGCUCUAAGUUAAUUAUUCUUCGUUAAAAAGCUAGUCUUUGAAUAUUAACAAGUAGGGAA